AGGAAGGUGUAAUGAAUACGGGAGACGAUGAAACACGACGUUAUUUCAAGCAUUCGUGUGUGAAAGUGCUGUUGUGUCCACGGAUUGCUGGGAAAGGUAGCUGGGCCAAAAAGCAGGAAACAGGAACAAUAUACACUCAUCACCAAAAAAGUGUGAUCGUAGAUGUAGCGGCCGGUGAUUACGGAAGAAGCAUCGUAGCAUUUGUGGGAGGUCUCGACUUAUGCAAGGGAAGAUACGACACGCCACACCACCCGAUUUUCAGCACACUUGAAACUGUUCACAAAGAUGACUAUCAUAAUCCCAAUUUCAUGGUAUUAAUUUAAUUUCCUUUCAUUAAUUUAUUUUUC